CUAGCCUGGUUGCCAGGGGUAGCGUGCUAAAUUGUUUUGCACAAUAUAUACCAUUCAUAACACAAAUGAAUGGAUUGUACAAUAUGUGCCGGAAUCUGACUCUAUUAAACACAAAAACCAAAUUAAUAAUACUAGGAAGAUGUAUGCAAGUAUAGUUCGAAACGUCUUGCAGUGUGCAGUCAGUACUUAUUUAUUAUUUUAAAACAUUAUUUGACAUUUCAUGAAGAAAGAAUUUUGAUACUGUGAGCAAAAUUGCGGAUUGUGAGGACCGACCAUUUGACUGCAAAAUGUCAGAUAUGGCGCAGUCGGCCGAAACGAAGAACUUAUUACUAGCUGACGACUUGCAGGAGGGUCACAUUAUUGAAUUUUCUUCUGUACCGGAAAAGCGUAAAAAUAAAACAUACAAAAAAGGGCGAUUAUGCUCCCGUCAGGUGGCCUUAGGCAUUACCCUCGUGACCCUUUUAUGGUUAUUCCUGAUCUUUAUUGGAUUUGGACUGGAUUUUUUAUCGGGAGCCUUUAAAGUAUGCAACAGUACGCUUCAUGAUGAAACUGAUUUAAAACCCGAAAAACCCCAGAGCACCGAAAAAGUAUCCAGUUUUGACGUUUCUCUCAGCGAGAAGCUAACAGCUGAAGCAACAUCAUCAGCGACAAAAGCAGACAAGGAAACAGAUUAUCCUAAUCUGGACUCAUUCGAGCCGGUGGACCGGAAGCAGCCUGUGGUUGCCUACCGUGACGAUAACGCGGCUUUGGCAUACUCAUUAUUGAACGCGAUGAAACGGCUGUUUGAUAACGUCAUGGUACGUUACGCUCCAGAUCCUGACUAUUUAAUUUGGGGAGGAGAAGAAUACACUUACGGUGGUGAACCCUUUGUACCGCGGUAUCCUGAACUAGAAGCAUUCUGGCCGAGAUUUGCCAGUGAUGGUCUGCUUGCAGACACUGAUUACCGAAAGCCCAAGAAACCCAAGCAUCCAGGGCGAGGACACAAGCAUCAUCACAAAGAAAUGCGGAAACCUUUGCGGGAGCAGCAUCCUGUCGAUGGAUCGGAAGAAGCCUUUCCUCGUUUCCCUUACGAAGGCAUUCUGUCGCCGGCCGCUAACAUGUCAUUUGCGAAAGAUUCCAGUUUUAAAAGCUCAGAUGCUAAUGCUUCGCAUACGUAUGAUUAUGGGACACAUACGGAUUCAUUUCUGCGUUCUCUCCAGCCAAACAAUACACAACACCAAACUGUCAGGCCGUUGUCACAUGCGCCCGCUCUUGUUUGGAAUGGUGCAACUGAUCCUCCUAUAGCUCGAGAGCGUUUUGCAAGAGCAGUUCCUGCUGUCAACGGGAAAGUUAAGCGCAAUUCUGUAAAGAAAACUCUGAACGACCAGAAAAAUGAUUACAAAAUGAACUAUGCGGCAAAGUUGGAACGUUCUGGUUGGAAUGAAGAGGAUACUGCAGAUCUCUUAGUCUAUAAUCUUGAUCGGAAAAAACGAGCAAUACCGUAUGCUCACGAAGCUGACCAGCGAAUGACGUCAAUGGAAAACAUCGCCCUGCUGAAGCAAAGACACGAAAAACUUAAGAAAGCAGCCGAAGCAGCAGCAAAGCAUAGAGCGCGAUCAGAGCAGGCACAGAAAGACCAGGUUUUGAUGCAGGAAAUGUUCGACAACCUGGAAGAGGGAAACUCUUUACGAAGGAAAAAGCGAAGUAUUAAUGAAGACGACACCGCAGCCGCCUCCCAACAGUUCCAGGAUGACGAUUAUAAUACCGAUGACAGUAAUAAUGCCGAACAAUUCCAAGUGCCCGGUCAAUUGCGAAGUGAACCGUACAGAAGCGAUUCCUUUAGCAAAAAGAGAAAGGAGAAAAAGGCCGUGCAGUUUGACUCCGAUGACUUGACGAAGAAGCAACAUGAUAACUCCAAAGCGCAGUGGCCGGGCCAACUGGUUGACCGCUUUAAAAAUAUUGUCGAUGAAGAGAAAGAUGGAAUUCAGUUGGAUGAGGAAGUAAACGAUGAUACACAGAUGGACAGUCAGGACGAAUCGUUCCAAAACGCGGAGCAGUUGGAUAACGCAGAGGAUGAAGAUACCGAACAAUUGUCCAGUGGUCAAGCUGAAAUGGAUGACGAAAGCGAUGACAGUGAAGAUAUGAAUGAAGUGGAAACCGAAGCAGAAGCGGCUGCAGAGGAAGAUGAUACGGAGAAUGCAGAAAAUGUAUUGCUUGAUAUCGCAACAGAGGAAGAGAGGCAUCAGAUGCAGUUUAUCGAUACAUCCAAAAAGGAGACUUCACAGUCCGCAUAUCACCCUGAAAUGGACUUUGAUAAUUCGGAUGCGGUAGAAAAAAAGGAAAAACAACGUUCGGAUAAGACAACGAGCAAAGAUGAUGAGGCCGUAGCCAAUGAACUGGCUAAACUAUUUGACCAGCCACCAAGCGAAACGAGAAAAGUGAAAUCGGUCAGAAAAGUAUUUCCACAACAGGAGGACAUUAACUUUCUGAAAGAAGUUGUUCUGGGCCCUUUCUUGCCGCCUGCGAUGGCUAUCACGGAAAGACGGCCCCUCCGUUAUCCUAAGCAAUCAGACGUGAAAAUUUUGUCUUCUCGCACAAAUAACCGACCUGUGCAGUUUGGUGGAUCCUCAGCUGAUGCAUCGUCGUCCGAACCAAAUGUCAAAAAUUUCCUGACUCUUAACAUCAAUAUCGGUCCAGACGCGAUGAUAAGACUGAAUCAGAAUAACAACGAUGCCGAGGAGGAUGACGAUCUGGUGAGCACACAGCACGAUAAGGGCAUAAAGGUCAACAUGCUUCGCAGCGGUAAAACCCAGAAGGGUUUAAUGGCAUCCGAUGUCAACAGCAAACAAAAAAAGAGAAAGACAAAAAUAGAAACCGUUGUGAAAAAGGAAGAUACAGUAAACACCAAGGAAGACGCGGAAGAUGAUGAUGAAGAGGACGAAGACGAGGAAAUCGCAGAAAAAGAUGCAGACUCCGACGUCCAUAACGAGAAGUCGUCUCCAGGCCGGCCAAAGAAACCUGAAAGUUUAUUACAACAGAACGCAGUUUUAGAACAAGAAAGGAAACAACGAAAAAGGGCAUCCACUUUUGAAUUCGACGCAGCUUAUCCGUUAAGCAGACCUGGAUAUGGCCAAAAUAACCGGCGAAACCAAGGAUUUUCUCCUGAACGACCGGGAGAGGUUGUAGCGAUUAAACUCGGAUCGAUCAACGGGGACGGUUCAGACAGGAGAAGACAUAGUUAGCAUGCUGAUGGUUCAAUACGGUCAAACUCUUGCGCUGCGCCACUGAGAGAAUGGUAUGGAUACUGGACUACGGAGCUUUCCGCUAACCGCAGGCGAUUUCGUGCCCGGGGCCUUAACGCACACUCUAGGAUAAGUUUGCUGGAGCGGAUGUGCCCAGCCGUCUUGUGGGGUUAUUGACAGGAAGAAGCAUGCCUAUAUGGUGCUUUUGAGUAUUCCCAGUGUUUAACCGUUUGCGCACAACCCGAAAUGUGAAAUUUUCUUGAAUUGCACUGAAAGUACUUAAUAAGUAGCCGAUGCAUUUUUAAUUUAAAUUAUUUUGUACAAGGAGUCUUCUGUCAAGGAUCACAAUUUUAGUUUUUGUUUGUUUGUUGUUUGUGUUAUUUGUGAAAUAGGAACGGAUUAAGGUUUAUUUCAGCGUGGUCAGUGCUUCUUGUUCAUUUGUUUGGAUC